AUGAUGGGGUGGUGGUCUUCCGGGGCAAACACUGCCCUGGACGAGCAGGUAGAGAAGGCGACAAGCAGCAAUCUCGAGGAUAUCGCUCUAAACCUCGAAAUCUCCGACGUGAUUCGAUCCAAGACGGUGCAGCCCAAGGAGGCGAUGCGCUCGCUCAAGAAGCGCAUCAGCAACAAGAACCCCAAUACGCAACUCAGUGCGCUCAGUCUCACCGAUACGUGUGUUAAAAAUGGAGGCGCCCAUUUCCUGGCCGAGAUUGCCUCGAGAGAGUUUAUGGAAAGCAUGGUUUCGCUGCUCAAGGCGGUUGGACCGGCUGCCGUCAAUGCGGACGUGCGCGCAAAGAUACUCGAGCUUAUUCAGUCAUGGGCCACGGCCACCGAGGGGCGCUACGAUUUGUCAUACAUUGGAGAGGUCUAUCGAAACCUUCAGAGAGAAGGGUUCCAGUUCCCCCCUCGCGUCACCGUCGCCAGCAGCAUGAUUGACAGCAGUGCGCCCCCCGAGUGGGUCGAUUCCGAUGUGUGCAUGCGAUGUCGAACCAACUUUACCUUUACCAACCGAAAACACCAUUGUCGAAACUGCGGAAACUGCUUCGACCAGCAGUGCUCAAGCAAGACGCUCCCCCUACCCCAUCUUGGCAUCCUCCAAGCCGUCCGUGUCGAUGAUGGCUGCUACGCAAAACUCACAGACAAAUCAACCCCUUCGAAGGGGAGCGGCUCUGGUAACGACCGCUCCUCGUUGUACUCGUCGUUUCCCCACAAGAACAAGAGCUCGAGCAUGCAACCGCGUAAUGCUCGUGUUGACGAUGGAUUCGAUGAGGAUCUCAAAAAGGCCCUUGCCAUGAGUUUGGAGGAGGUUCAGAACCACAACCGUGCCUAUGUUCCUCCGGCAAGCAACGGAACGCAAGCGAGCAAACCAAAGUCGGGUGAGCAAGUAUCGGCGACCAAGGCGUUUGAGGAUGAUGAUGAAGAUCUCAAAGCAGCCAUCGCCGCCUCGUUGGCAGAUAUGGAGGAGCAAAAGAAGAGGCACGCCGCAGUCUUGAAAGAACAAACAACAAAUGUCGGCGCGUCUUCAUCAACAGCACCGCUGGCGCUCCCCAAGAAUGACUACGAGCUCACGCCUGUGGAGGCGGAGAAUAUCAACUUGUUUGCCACGCUGGUUGACCGAUUGCAGACGCAACCGCCGGGAACCAUUCUCCGAGAACCACAGAUUCAGGAGCUGUACGACAGCAUCGGCACACUCCGGCCAAAGCUAGCCCGAACUUAUGGAGAAACCAUGAGCAAGCAUGGUAUGUCAAGUAUCCCGAUCCAUCCCAAGUGUCCCCUGCUAACCCACUACAAGACACUCUGCUUGACUUACAUGCCAAGCUUUCGACCGUGGUGCGGUACUACGACCGUAUGCUUGAGGAGCGCCUAUCCAAAACCUAUAGCCAACACAGCAUUGGUGGCUACAGUCUUCCCCCACCCCCACUUUUAUACUGGCGAACAACAGCCGCAAGAGUACGGGAGGCCGGUGGGCCAUCCCUCUUACCCACAGCCAACACCUCAACCUCCAACCCAGUACGCUCCUCCCUACGACAGACGAGAAUCGGUAGCAAUACCUCCCAAUAGCCAAUAUGCCCCACAGCAAGUGCCGCAAAGGACGGGAAGCUGGGCAGCAGCACCGUCUGCGCCCCCGUCACAAUAUGCUCAGCAGCCUAGCUAUCCCACCGAGGUUGCGCAGCAACAGGCACCUCAAGCUCAGCUCGCUGCACCCAGCACGGGAGACUCUGUUGGGACCACCCCUACGGCCGACCCACAUGCUUCCUUCUAUUUCAAUUCACAGCAGCCACAACAACAAGGGCAACAGCCCGCUCCUUCUGCCCCUGAUCCGGCAGCGUCGCCGUAUCCCAACUUGGCCCAGCCGAUGCAUUCUUCAUACCAGCCCUCACUCCCACAGACUCCCGCCUCGGCUCCCGCUCAGCCAUCGCAGCCACAGCAGCAACAUCAAGCUCCACCGCCCCAACCACAGCAACCAUACUGGCAGCAUCCGGCUGCUCAGCAAACUGCGCUUCCGCCUGUUUGGCAACAUCAGCCCAGUCAGACGUAUCCGGGCUACAACCAAGAGUCUUUCCCGGCCGCUCCUCAGCAUGCGCCUAAGCAGCCAGUAGUGGAAGAGAGCUUGAUUGAUUUGUGA